AUGGACAAAGCUUAUGAAGAUGCUAGAAGGGAAAUUGCUGAGUUUAAAAAGAAGAGAGAGGAGCAACACCAAAAAUAUGUUAUCAGACUUCAGAAAGAAGAACUCGAUUAUGCAGCGAUUUUGGAAAAUAAAAAUCGGGCAAAACUUCGAGAAAUAGACAAAAUGGUUACUAAAAACCGUGAUAAUGUAAUUGAUGAUAUAAUGAAGGUUGUUUUAAAAAUACAGCCAAUAAUGCAUCACAAUGUGCCGGAUUUGAGAAAAGCGAAGCAAAUAAAAAGUUCCUCCACUCAACUAAUUUCCAAACGGCCAAGUCAAACUUUUUCGGAAAAAAAUCAACAAAGAGCCAAAAUUCUUCCUAUUGUAAGAAAAAUUACUUACAAAGAGCCUAGCAUUUCUUCCGAAUCCUCCACUUCGAGUUCAACAUCAAGUUCAACCUCUUCAGAAUUGUCUACAAGAGAGCAAAAUAAAAGCCGUCAGAAAAGUCAAAAGGAAAAUAAUCGAAAGAAACAAAAUAAUAUUUCGAAGAGAAAAAAUAAUUAG